AUGAAGAGAAGGCAGUGUGAAGACAGAGCAAAGAAGGCUGUAGGUGCUGCCUUUGACGAUUCAACUGAUGGGGCCAUAAACCGAGGAAUGCUGACAGCUUUCAGAAACUACAAGCAGCAAGGAAGGAAUCCUCUUCUACAGACUCUACACGUGUGGCCCUGCAGACAUACUCGGAAUUUUGGUCCAGAUGAGGAGGAUGGAGAGACUACCCUCCCGUAUCGGAACAGUGACCCAGUGAUUGGAUCUCACACAGAGAAGGUCUCCCUCAAAGCCAGUGACUCCAUGGAUAGUCUCUACAGUGGGCAGAGUUCAUCAAGUGGAAUAACAAGCUGUUCAGACGGUACGAGUAACCGGGAUAGCUUUCGACUUGAUGAUGAUGGCCCCUACUCUGGACCAUUCUGUGGCCGAGCCAGAGUACAUACUGAUUUUACACCAAGCCCCUAUGACACUGACUCCCUCAAAAUCAAGAAAGGAGACAUCAUAGACAUUAUCUGCAAAACGCCAAUGGGGAUGUGGACAGGGAUGUUGAACAAUAAGGUGGGAAACUUCAAAUUUAUUUAUGUGGAUGUCAUCUCCGAAGAGGAAGCAGCCCCCAAGAAAAUAAAGGCACACAGAAAGACUGGAAAGGAAAAACCCAAGACUCUGCAGGAGUUCCUAGAGAAGAUUCACCUUCAGGAAUAUACCUCAACACUUUUACUCAACGGUUAUGAGACCCUAGAAGAUUUAAAAGAUAUAAAAGAGAGUCAUCUCAUUGAAUUAAAUAUUAAAAACCCAGAAGACAGGAUGAGAUUACUAUCAGCUGCUGAAAAUCUCCUUGACGAAGAAACUAUUCAAGAGCAAGAAGAUGAAUCUGUGCCCCUAUCCUUAAGCCCAGACAACUCCUUAAAUAAGUCACAGUUAGACGACUGCCCAAGGGACUCUGGUUGUUAUAUCUCAUCAGAAAAUUCAGAUAAUGGCAAAGAAGAUCUGGAGUCUGAAAAUCUCUCUGACAUGGUACGGAAGAUUACUAUCACAGAGCCAAGUGACUGAACACACAUUCUCAACUAUAUAUGUACAAAUGCAUUCCAUUUUAACUCUACUUGAACUAAAAGAUCAAAUAAAUGGGAGAGAAAGAAAACAUUUGGCAAUACAACCUAAAGAGAAAGUGUUUUAAUCUGAAUGAUUUUAUAUAAAAGUUCAUGUCUCUAACAUUCCCAAUUAUUGUAAAUAGUAUGUAUAUUUAUUAUUUUAAAUGCUACAUGUUAAUAUUUCACUUGCCUAUAUUAGAAAAGGCAUAGUAUAAGUCUUUGAUAUGUGUGACAUAAGCUAUAUUCAGCUUUGUUUAAGUGUGAAAUGAUAAAUUCUGCAGGAAAAAAACUCCUCUUUUUUUCAUACCUGUUGGUUUUGCAUUUGUGUCUAUUAUUCAAUAAAUAGUAAUGAACCAUU